AUGACAUCGCUGCGACUCAUACUCACACCGCAUCUCGACUGCGACCCAGAGCAGCACUCAAUCAGUGUGCGCAUGAUUCUCACCCUUCCCGACAAGGUCAAAGAUGACAUUCUUUUCCACCAUGUGUUGGCCCGAGGCCCUAUUAAGACUGUGCAAUACACCGCAAGCGACGUGACCAUUCGUGAUACCAAUGGUUCUCUCCCUUUGUACGCUGCCGACUCCAAAGACGGGCGACGUCGCAUGUUUCACGCCGGGAGAGACGUUGCGCCUGGAGAAGUAUCUGUAGAGUAUACGGCGACACCUUGGGACGCGACAGAGUCAAGCCCUUGUGGGCCUCAGAUAGCUCUUGAACGGGAUGGUGGUGGGUUGACUUCGGCUGGUAUGGCCUUCAUACUCCGUCCCGCUACAAAUGACGUCCUGGACACGACUAUUGAAUGGGAUUUGUCGUCGGCCCCGCAAGACACACGUGCAGCAUGCUCGCUCGGCGAAGGCGUCACGGUUACAGCACAGGUAAAGGCCACAGUACUUGAUGAGUGCUUCUUUGCUGUUGGGCCAUUGCAAAGCUACCCCUCUGGCGAGACGAAAGGGCCAUUUGGCACGUACUGGCUAUCGAGCCCACCAUUUGAUGCAAAAGCUCUGAGUGCCAAAAUGCACGCAUUGUAUCCAAAGAUGGCUCAGUUCUUUGGCGACCCGGACCCGACAUAUCGUAUUUUCAUUCGCCGGAAUAUCCAGAAGUGCGUCUCCGGUCGAGGCCUCCACCGUGGCUUUGUCUUUGCUUGGACCACGGUUGCACCGCGCGACGAGGACGGGAUCGAUGAAUUUUUGAUGCAUGAGACUAUACACAACUGGCCACGGCUUGGCCAUUCCGCCGGCGGCCCAACACUUGAGGAGAUGGCGGAUGGUUGGUGGAAUGAAGGCAUCGCCGAAUACUAUUCGCUUUUCCUCCCCUUCAGAUUUGGUGUUUUCACUGAACAAGACUUCGUUCGCCGGCUGAAUAUCCAUAUUUCAGGCUAUUAUACAAAUCCCGAUCGCCAAGUUAAGAAUAAGGAUAUCCAGAGCAGAUUCUGGGCUGGUGGACAUGUGAAUAGAAUUCCCUAUCAACGCGGCAUGAUGUACUUUCUUCUUCUGGCGUAUCAGCUGAAGAAGUCCGGGGGGCGUUCCUUGGAUGAGCUGAUACUUGAGAUGAUACACCUCCGAAGGCAGGAACAGCCUCACGGUAUCGCUAUAUGGAAUGCUAUUCUUGAGAAAGAGCUAGGCCCCGACGUUGUGAGAGGAUAUCAAGACAUGUCCGAAGCGAUCCCGAUCGUCCUGCCGACUGACUUCCUGCGCGUCGCUGAGGGUCUAGACUGGAAUUUGCAGCGCCAAGACCAGGAGGAGUUUUGUCUCGGAUUCAGCGAAGACAGUUUGUCGCGCUCGGGGGGCACUGUGAAAGACCUGGAUACAUCGUCUAGGGCUGCUAAAGCAGGUGUACAGGAAGGCGAUGUGACUACGCGGCAGCAUAGCUUCUUUUUCGAUGCCGACCGAUGGGGACAAGACUUUACCAUGGUCGUCCGGCGAAUAACACCUGAUGGUGGCGAGGAGCUCAAAACAUUGUCUUGGUGGCCAAGAGGUAUAAACAAAGUAGAGAGCUACCAGCUGAUUCAGAACCACGCCUAG